GGAGCAGAAGGAGAAACCGGAGGCGCGGCAGAGCGAUGCUGAGAGCGCAGCAGGAUGUCUUUCACCUCCUCCUCCUCCUCCUCUCCCUCCUGCUCCCGGACUCUCCUGGCCGUGCUCCUUUUGCAUCUCCUGCCGCCGUGCCUCCUCCAUCCGCAGCCGUGCCACCUCCUGGCUCAGAUCGGACACACGGUGCGCGUUGGCGCGCUCCUCCCGGCGCAGCGGGGGGCUCGCGUGCAGGUCCAGGCGGCGCUGAGCCGCGCGGCGGCCGCGAUGAGCCGGGACCGGGACUGGAACCAGGACCAGGACAGGGACCGGGACCGGCAGCAGCACAACUUUCUUCCCUACAACUUGAGCCUGGAGCUGGUUUCCCGCCAGCCGGCCGCCGCGGACCCGGAGUCCCUGUUCCGGUGCGUGUGUCAGGGCGUGGUGGUGCAAGGGGUCUCCGCCGUGCUCGCCUUCCCGCAGAGCCGCGAGGAGCUGCUACAGGUGGACUUCAUGGCCUCGUUCCUGGAGAUCCCGUUCCUCAGCGUCAUUGAGCACGGAGAGCCGCUGCGCACGCAGAACCGGUUCCACCUGCAGAUGGCGAUGGGGGUCCCGGAGUCCGGCCUGUCCAACCUGCUGCUGACGGUCCUGCAGCGGUCCGGUUGGAGGGAGGGCACCGUGGUCCUGUGCCGGGGCUGGGAGGAGGCUCGCGGUCUCCUGCGGCUGCUGGACAGCGGCAGCUGGAGCGGUGCAUCGUGGGACGGCGGGGGCGCAGUCACCUGGCACGUGCGCGCCCUCCUGAACCUGACGCAGUCGGCGCACGACGACACGCAGAUCCACGACUUUCUGUCGCGCCACUUCCGGCAGAACCAGCCCUCGCCCGCGUCGGUGCUGCUGUUCGGCGCCGACCCCCAGUGCGCGGCGGCGGUGCUGCGCAGCGCUCAGGACCUGGGCCUCACCUUACCCAUGGUGCACUGGGUGCUGGGCCAGCCCCUCAGCCCCGACGCGCUGCACGCCAUCGGGCUGCCCCUCGGCCUGCUGGCCUACGGGGAGGUGGAGCGGAAACCCCUCGACUUCUACGUCAGCGACGCCCUGCAGCUCGUCACCAGGGCCAUCGCCGCGGCGACGUUGGUCAGGCCGGACCUGGCGCUGAUCCAGAACAUGGUGAACUGCUACGACAAGCCCAACAAGCACGAGGUGCCGUCCUCCGGACAGUACCUGUCGAGGUUCCUCUCCAACACGUCUUUCUCCGGUCUCACAGGUCCCGUCCGAGUCCUCCAGAACAGGUCUCAGGUCCUCACCUCGCAGCGCUUCCACAUCUGGAGCUUGCGACGGGACGCGCUGGGUCAGCCCACCUGGGUGACGGUGGGCAGUUGGGAGGGAGGCCAGCUGAAGGUGGAGGACCAGGGGGUCUGGCAGGGCCCCAAGCCUCGGCACAGGGCCGACGGCGUGAGCGGGAGGACCAGGGGCCGCUGGAAGCCGGGGAUGCCGGUGGUGGGGAACCGGGUUCGGGUGGUGACCCUGGUGGAACAUCCUUUCGUUUUCACGCGGGACGUGGACGAAGAAGGAAGCUGCCCGGCCGGGCGCUACUGCCUGGACGCCAGCACCAACAGCUCGGAUACCUUGGAGAGAUUCUUCGUGGAGGUGGCCGGCGGGAACAGCAGCUUCCUGCCCGCGGAGCACAGCAAGUGUUGCUACGGAUACUGCAUCGACCUGCUGGAGAAACUGGCCGAGGACCUGGGCUUCGAGUACGACCUUUACAUCGUCGGGGACGGGAAGUACGGGGCGUGGAAGGGGGGCCGCUGGACCGGGCUGGUGGGAGAUCUUCUGAACGGGCUGGCAGACAUGGCCGUGACCUCCUUCAGUAUUAACUCCGCCCGGAGCCGGGUGAUCGACUUCACCUCGCCCUUCUUCUCGACCAGCCUGGGCAUCCUGGUGCGCAGUAAGGACACUGCGGCCCCCAUCGGAGCCUUCAUGUGGCCCCUGCACUGGUCCAUGUGGGUGGGCAUCUUCGUGGCGCUGCACAUCACCGCCUUCUUCCUCACGCUUUACGAGUGGAAGAGUCCGUACGGCAUGACGCCUCACGGGCGCAACAGGGUGAGGGUGUUUUCAUACUCGUCUGCUCUCAACCUGUGCUACGCCAUCCUGUUCGGACGCACCGUCUCCUCCAAGACGCCGAAGUGUUGGACGGGUCGGUUUCUGAUGAACCUGUGGGCCAUCUUCUGCCUGCUGGUGCUGUCCAGCUACACCGCCAACCUCGCCGCGGUCAUGGUGGGGGAGAAGACUUUUGAGGAGGUGUCAGGAAUCCACGAUGCCAAGCUGCAUCAUCCGUCGCAGGGUUUUCGUUUUGGGACCGUGAGGGAGAGCAGUGCAGAGGAUUACAUGAAGAAGAGUUUUCCAGAGAUGCACGAAUACAUGCGGCGCUUCAACGAGCCAACUACCCCCGAAGGAGUGGCCACUCUCAAGACAGAUCCUCCUCAGCUUGACGCCUUCAUCAUGGACAAAGCUCUCCUGGAUUACGAGGUUUCCAUCGACGCUGACUGUAAACUUGCAACAGUUGGGAAACCGUUUGCUAUUGAAGGUUAUGGCAUCGGUCUGCCCCAGAACUCCCCCCUGACCUCCAACAUCUCAGAAUUCAUCAGCAGGUACAAAUCCGAAGGCUACAUGGACCUGCUGCACGACAAGUGGUACAAAGUGGUUCCCUGUGGGAACCGCGUGUUCGCCGUCACAGAGACCCUUCAGAUGGGGAUCAGUCACUUUUCGGGGCUCUUCGUGCUGCUGUGCGUCGGCGUGGGCGGGGCCCUGCUGACGCUGGCAGGCGAACACGGUUUCUACCAGCUCGCGCUGCCGUACAUCCGCCGCCGACAGAAGCUCAAAUACUGGCUGCACACCUCGCAGAAAAUCCACCGAGCUCUGAACAUGACGUAUGAAGACGUAAAGAGGAAGCAAGCUGAAAAAGAGAAAAGCGGCGACCUCCAGAAGCCUCAGGCCCCCUGCGGCCUCCCCGCUCCGCCGGCCCCCGGGGCCUCGGCCAAGUGGAGCAACGAGGACGGCAAGGCCGCUGCUAAGGACGCCCGGGACUUCAAACAAGUCCAAUUCAACCUGGAGACCCUCAACACCCGCCGCCUGCUCGCCAGCAUCGGCACCUGCGACGCCAAGGGGGGAGGGGCCAAAUCCGAAGCGCAGGGGCCGGCCAAGGCGAAGGCGGGGCCUAACAGCCGGCAGUGUGAGAACGGAGGGCCGGCGGUGUCACGGGCCAGCCUGCUCCUCUCACGAGCUUCGGCCUCCUCCGCUUCGGCCGCCUCCUCCGCCCAACGCAAUACCUCUGCGCCUCCCUCUGUCGCCGUCGGAGCCCCCACCGCGGCCGUUGCCCCACCCCCCGUGGCGGUGGCUCCACCCCGGCCAGGUGAGAUGCAGGAGCUACAGGAGCAGAUCGACCAGAUGAGGGAGAAGCUGAGGACGGCUCUGGCCAGGAGGGCAGAGAUCCAGACGACCCUGGCCAAACCUGUCGCCACGGCAACCAACAACCCCAGUGAAGUUACUACGACGACAACAACAAUGACAACAACAGCAGGAGCCGCCCCGCCCCCCAUUGCCCCGGUGAUGCCUUUCCCUGCCAACACUAAGUGCGUGACGACCAUGACGGACCCACCUCACAAAGUCCUGUCCAAAGUCCGGCCCUUCCACAGCAGACUGACCAAUCAGAGGUGAUGCUGUCUGUGCGGGUCACAUGACUCUCUUCACACGGCGGCCAUUUCAAAAGCUGGACUUUAUUUUUAAAUGCCAAAGUUAAACAUGAACUCACUCGGAUAUGACAAUAAGGCCACAGGGGGGUCAUUGGUUCAGCUGUAAAAAGAACUAUGUAUUAUAAUGUAAUUGUACAUUACAGAGUUCUAACUCAAACUCAGUGAGUCAUGCAUGGGGGGACUUUAAUACAACCACAAUAAGACCUUAUAUCACGUGGUAAUAAAAUCACAUUUGCGGUAUUUACAAGGUUUGUUUGACAGAUAAAUGAAUGGACUUUCAUACAUAUUAUUGAAAUAAGUUUCAAAUGUUGGUUGUAGAUUUGGAGAUAAAACAUUGAGAAUUGAACACCUUUUAUAUUGCAUUUUAAAACAGUUGAAAAUGUUUUGGAAUAUUGAAAUCAAAUAACAUAGAAAUCCACCCCCAAAAGAUUAGAUAUGUGUCUUAAAAUCUUAUGCUGAGCAUUUGAACCCAAAACCACUUAAAAAAAAGAAUUGUACAUCUAUGUAUGAUAUUCUAUAAAUGUUUAUUGUUCAACAUCAAAUUUUGAUUAACGCCUGGAUUUCCACCAUAAGGGAAAACUUAGGUAAAAUUAAGGUGCACAUUUUGAAUCCAAACAAUAAGCUAUUUAAAAAAAUGCUAGAGUCCUAGUAAAUGCUGAUCCUCAGACUAUUUAGAAAUCAGUGUUUCAUUUUGUUUUUGUAGAAACGACUUACAAACAUCCGAUAAAUAACUGCGGCUAAUUGAACACCAAACAAGACCCGACCAGCUGGAGGCUCAUCACACUUAGUAGUGAGGACUUUCUGUGGAAGGGAAGGGACACUACUUUCAUGUUACAUUGGAAAGAUUAUAGGUCAUCUGCACAGUGUAAAAACAACCAGAGAGCAUGGAUUUGAUUAAAUUGAUAUUUAUUUCAAGUUAGUGUUUAAUUAGGAUUCCAGCCGCUGUAGCUAGCUGCAGCUAGCCGCUGUAGCUUACAUUACAAUACAGGUCAUUUAGCUGACGCUUUUAUCCAAAGCGACUCACAUUGCAUUACAACCUAUGCGUUACAUUUUGCCUGGGGUUAGGUGUCUUGCUCAGGGACACUUCGACAUGGCACAUGGGGCAGCCGGCAUUUCACAGUGUAAAAGGACAAAAAACGCUUUCUUUGCAGCGCCAGCCUCACUGCUCAUUUCAACAGAUAGGACAGCUCUCACCUGGCACCCGCGCGCACACACUGGUCUGAUGCGUCACAAGUUCACAACAACCAGGCGCCAGGCGCUGUAGCUAGCUGCAGCCAGCCACCGUAGCUAGCUGCAGCUAGCCGCCCUAGCUUGAUGGCCUACGGAGAGCCUCCCGCAGUGUCCAUAAAAAUGUAUAGUUUAAAGGGACAAAACAACGUUUCAUUGAGUUGAGCAGUUUUCAGUUCAGCUCAUUUUUACUCGUCCUGAACUGUGGUUCAGCAGGGGAACUACUAGAGAUGGCCUGUUCGUUGUUCCCAUGGCAAUAUCCAUCACGUUCUUUUUACCUUUACGACAUGCCUGAGGAAAUAAAGCUACUGUACUCUAUUUUUUUAUUGACUCUAUAUCAUUUUUUUUGUUCUUAUCUUUUAUUAAGGUUUACUGUUUGCUGUAACUUUGUUCACUGUUGAUGUUUAAUUGUUUUAUGUUCUUGCUUUGUCCGUUUAAGCAAUUUGUAAUCCCUGUUUUUAAAGGUGCUAUGUAAGUUACAACAGUAGCGAAAUCACACACCGUCUGCAUCUCUGUGACUUUCCAUUUUAAAAUAUGAAUAUAUUAAUUUGCUGGAAUGUAAUGAGCUCAACACCAUGAGGAGGAAAAGGCAGUUAAGAUGACAGAUGCAGUUUAAUGAUUCUUAUUUACAUCAGUCUGGAAUAUCCAUGUUUGUUAGUAGACUCUUUUUGCUAUAAUGCACAAGAAUCCUAAUUUGCCUUUUAAGGAAUUACUAUAUAAACUAGUAACUCGGCUGUUUAGGCUUUGGAAAAGAUUGUGGUUGGGUCUAAACAACUAAUUUUGUUUCUGUGUGAAAUAACUACGGUGGUUGCACAACUAGCGUUAGAAAAAUCUACUUACGUAAAAGAACUAAAGCUAAAUAAAUUAAUGUUAAUUUGAUUUUACAUAGGACGCAAAUAGCGGUCCCCUCUGUGAAAGUCCUGUGUUUAUUUGAGGUAGAGAAGGUCGGUGGUUCAAUCCCCGGCUCUUCCCUGUUGCGCAAUAUACGGAACCACAAUUUGUUCCCGAAGGCUGUUUGACGAACAAGAACGAAACGUUGAAACGUUCCUUUUUAAGUUCUGCUGUGACAGACCAGGUGAGACCGAGCGUUUUCCCGCAGGUUCAAUCCACGUCUUCCUCCUCCGUUUGUUUCUGUGAUGCGUUCACUUCCCUUUCUGUUCAACCAGUGGGCUGUGAGGCGUUCGCUGACCAACGUGUUUCUCUGAAAAGUGAAGCUGAGGAUGUUUGUGAUGAGCAAAGGACCCAGAGUGGUUUGUACUAUUUCUGUUCAUUUCGAUCUUCACAUAUUUUUUGAAAAAUUAAAAAGGAAAUAAGUGUGUUACCAAAUUAAGAGUGUCGUUAUUUGUAUCUGAAAAAACACACAAACUUCUUUGUGUGCCAAUGACAAAGUGAAAAUAUUAUGGACCAGAAUAUCUGAAAGAAAAUUUACACAUGACCUCAAGAGAAUUAGGAAUAACAAAACUCAUGUUAAUAUGAAUAAAGUAACACAUCUGUUAACUAUCCCUUUAUGUUAAUAAAAAGUUCAUCAGUUCAUUUGCAGCUGAUCCACCAGCUGGUUAUUUCGUCCUACUUGGGCUACAAACUGGAUCUAUAGAGACUACAUGGAUUCAAACUGGUUUUGUUUGAUCCACAAAGACCACAAGGGGCAUUACACUGGAUUUAAAUGAGUACAACGAUGACUUCCCUGGAUUCAGGCCGGAUUUAAAAGACUUAAAACUGGAUCUAUAGAGACUGCAGCACAAGUUGCCCUGGAUGCAGACUGGUUCCACUGCAAUCUGAGAUACCACAACAGCAGCUGCACUGGAUUUAAAUGAAUACAACACACAGAAUCCCAGGUACCACAACAGUGGUUGUAACUGGAUUUAAACUUGGUUACCCCUAAUGGCUCCCCAGGCAGAAUGUAACACAUGGGUUAUAAUGCAAUGUAAGUCGCUUUGGAUAAAAGCGUCUGCUAAAUGACAUGUAAUGUGAUGUAAAGGAGUCUGUUCCAGAAAGACCUUUUUUGUUGUUGUUUUUUUUGUACUACAGAACUUUAAGUAAAUAACAUGCUCACAAAAAACCCACAUUCAAAAAGUAUGUUAAACAGUGACACUGUGAAUCAUCGUGAGUUCUGGUGUCUCUAGUGGAAUCAAAGCUGACCUUCCUGAUCCACAUUUGGGAUUUGAUUCUCUCUCCUCAAGGUGCCGUGUGUCAAACGUGUUUAUUUCUUCCGGGAUUUAUUCUCCACUCAGCUGAGGAGGACCCUCAGACUGGUUUAGCUCCAUAGGGGAGUCGGUAUGGAUCCUCUCAAUUCACACGCGGGCAUCAGCACACAUGUCGAAAAAAGUGA